GCAUUACUUCCUCUGAGUCGUGCUGGUGUACCGGCAAUUCCUCUUUCAAGUCCAAGUGUGCUACUUUCACGUAGUAUCUUGACGAGGCCAGCAUUUGUGCAGAAGCUGUACGACAGGCUGGAUGCUGCUGAGCGUAGUAUUGAUGAGGAGGGAAAGCCUGGAACAAAUCUCCCCUUUGACACCAAAAAUCCUCGCCGUUUGGCUUUGACAAUGAUACUCUUUAUUGGAAUUGCGUUUAACAUACCAUUCUUUAUCACCUAUUCUCAGAUGAAAGCCGCCAAGAGUGGAUAG